AGAUUGUAGCAGAGACUGUCCUGGCAGACGGAAGGUUGCACGCAGGACGACAGCUUGGAUUAACAAGUAGCAGCGAUUCCUCCCGUAAGCCAUCAUCUUCUUCUGUGCGGGCCGAGCCCACACAAAUGGUGAGUCGCAGCUCGUCGCGGUCGCCCAAAAAAAAAGAGGGCAUGUCCCCUCCACAUGCUCAGAUGAUGGUGAUGGAAGAGUGGCGCAACAAGCAAGAACAGCGUCCGGGUCCAGCAAACAAAAUGCGUCCUGCAGGGGAGGAGGUUUUUAACGCAGAUAAAAGCAGAGAAGAUGACGAGGACGAGCAGCUGGUGCGGCCGGAGGCAGCUGUAGACCUGACCACAGGAGUAGGAGCGACGGAACGCAGGACCCCCAGCACCCAGCUUGAGGGUAUGCGAAGUACGUCCUCCAUCAAAAUACAACUGCGCGGCGGUUCAUCAGCUGACUACGACGAAGCAUACCACUUCGUCAGGAGGGCAAGGAAGCCCAACCUGAAUGGGGGACCAUCCGCAAACGUCGAGCUAGCAGUAGAUACUGUUGUUGGGCAAGAAAACUCGUAUGGGAAUAUGGACAGCACUACGCUAGCCGGCGUAUACGAGGGGCUGGUAAGAACUACCUACUUAUAA